CUAUUACGCCACUGUGUAAUAAUUAACGAACGGACACCAGGUGCUUCUCAGUCCUCUCCUCUCUCUCUCUUUCGUGGGUUUUGGACACAUCGAACGCUCACUGUAUCGGAGACGAGAGAGAGGCGUGCCUCUGCCUCCUUUCCAUUGGACUCUCUCUCUCUCUGUAUCUUCAAAUUCAUCUCCUUUCUCCGCUCUGUUUCAUUUUUUUUUUCCAGAGUUUACGCCACCCUCAACCUACGCCCCCCCCCCCCCCCCUCUCGGCCUGCUUAUGAUGAGUCCUUUCUGAACAGAGUUCAUAGUACGCCAGGCGUUUCUCUUGUUUCGUAAUCUCUCGCUGGCUUUUCUGCUUUGAAUGCAAGUGAGUUUGUGGAUAUUUCCAGAUGGCAUGGACUGAGAAAGAUAUUGGAAAUGGGAGAGAGCAGGUACCUACUGGAGAUAAUGGUUUCUUGAAGGGGUCACAGCCUUCACCUUGUGCAACUGGCUCUCCUGUUGGUGUAGCUGCAGUGCCGAAGGGGUUUGAAGGGAAGGAAACUCUCUCUUAUGCCAACAUUCUUCGUUCGAGAAACAAAUUUGUUGAUGCUCUUGCUAUUUAUCAGAGUGUCUUGGACAAAGAUAGUGGAAAUGUUGAGGCUCACAUUGGAAAGGGAAUAUGCCUGCAGAUGCAGAACAUGGGAAGACUUGCUUUUGAUAGUUUUUCUGAAGCUGUCAAGCUGGAUCCGCAGAAUGCAUGUGCCCUAAUGCAUUGUGGUAUAUUGUACAAAGAUCAGGGUCAACUGGUAGAGGCGGCUGAGUCAUAUCAGAAGGCUUUGAGAGCAGAUCCUUCAUACAAACCAGCUGCAGAAUGCCUAGCCAUUGUCUUAACAGAUCUUGGUACAAGCUUAAAAAUUUCUGGCAAUACACAGGAGGGCAUUCAGAAGUAUUAUGAAGCUCUUAAGAUAGAUCCCCACUAUGCGCCUGCAUAUUAUAACCUUGGUGUCGUGUAUUCUGAAAUGAUGCAAUAUGACACCGCCCUAAAUUGCUAUGAGAAGGCUGCACUGGAAAGGCCCAUGUAUGCUGAAGCUUAUUGCAACAUGGGUGUCAUCUAUAAAAACCGAGGUGAUUUGGAGUCAGCCAUUGCCUGUUAUGAGAGGUGUCUAGCUGUAUCACCAAACUUUGAGAUUGCGAAGAAUAAUAUGGCAAUUGCUUUGACAGAUUUAGGAACAAAGGUUAAAUUGGAGGGAGACAUCGAUCAAGGCAUUGCAUAUUACAAGAAGGCUUUGUACUACAAUUGGCACUAUGCAGAUGCUAUGUAUAAUCUUGGUGUUGCAUAUGGUGAAAUGCUGAAGUUUGAUAAGGCAAUUGUGUUCUAUGAACUUGCUUUCCACUUCAAUCCUCACUGUGCUGAGGCUUGCAACAAUUUAGGAGUAAUAUACAAAGACCGAGACAACCUCGAUAAAGCUGUGGAGUGUUACCAGACAGCUUUAUCAAUCAAACCAAACUUCUCUCAGUCUUUGAACAACCUUGGUGUAGUCUACACAGUCCAGGGUAAAAUGGAUUCUGCUGCAAGCAUGAUUGAGAAAGCUAUAAUGGCAAAUCCCACUUAUGCUGAAGCAUAUAAUAACCUAGGGGUCCUUUACAGAGAUGCUGGAAACAUAACUAUGGCCAUUAAUGCUUAUGAGCAAUGCCUUAAGAUAGAUCCUGAUUCCCGAAAUGCAGGCCAGAAUCGAUUGCUUGCAAUGAACUACAUAGAUGAGGGACAUGAUGAUAAGCUUUUUGAGGCUCACAGGGACUGGGGUAGGCGCUUUAUGAGGUUGUAUCCGCAGUACACUUCAUGGGACAACCCAAAAGAUCCAGAAAGGCCGCUUGUGAUUGGAUAUGUAUCUCCAGACUAUUUUACCCAUUCUGUAUCUUACUUCAUUGAGGCCCCACUUGUAUAUCAUGACUAUGCAAAUUACAAGCUGGUGGUUUAUUCAGCUGUUGUGAAGGCUGAUGCAAAGACUAACAGGUUUAGGGAGAAAGUCUUAAAAAAGGGUGGAGUAUGGAGGGAUAUAUAUGGGGUUGAUGAAAAGAAGGUGGCAAGCAUGGUUAGAGAAGAUAAAGUUGACAUAUUGGUAGAACUUACUGGACAUACAGCUAACAAUAAGUUGGGUAUGAUGGCAUGCCGACCAGCACCUGUUCAGGUGACUUGGAUUGGCUACCCAAAUACAACUGGUUUGCCUACAAUUGAUUACAGAAUCACUGAUUCAUUGGCAGAUCCUCUAGAUACAAAGCAAAAGCAUGUUGAGGAGUUGGCCCGACUACCAGAAUGCUUCCUUUGUUAUACACCGUCACCUGAAGCUGGCCCUGUUUCUCCAACUCCUGCACUUGCUAAUGGCUUUGUUACAUUUGGUAGCUUUAAUAAUCUGGCAAAGAUAACUCCUAAGGUACUACGAGUUUGGGCUAGGAUACUGUGUGCAGUACCAAACUCUCGCCUUGUGGUAAAAUGCAAGCCAUUUUGUUGUGAUAGCAUUAGACAGAGAUUUCUUACAACUUUGGAGGAGCUGGGAUUAGAGUCAUUGCGUGUUGAUCUUUUACCUCUAAUUCUUCUUAACCAUGAUCACAUGCAAGCAUAUUCACUCAUGGACAUUAGUUUGGAUACUUUUCCAUAUGCUGGAACAACAACAACGUGUGAAUCUCUCUACAUGGGAGUUCCAUGUGUUGCUAUGGCUGGUGCUGUACAUGCGCACAAUGUUGGUGUGUCUCUUCUCAGCAAAGUUGGGCUGGGGCAUCUGAUUGCCAAAAAUGAAGAUGAAUAUGUCCAGUUGGCUUUGCAGCUUGCCUCAGACAUACCAGAGCUCUCAAACUUGAGAAUGAGUCUUAGGGAUCUUAUGUCGAAGUCUCCCGUCUGUGAUGGGCCAAACUUCAUUCUCGGCUUGGAGUCCACAUACCGGAAAAUGUGGCACAGAUAUUGCAAGGAUGAUGUGCCAUCUUUAAAGCGCAUCGAACAGCUUCGAGAACAGGGGUUUUCUGAAGCAGCACCUAUCAAAAACUCUGAACCAACAAGUAUCCCAUUAUCAUUAGAGGGCCCUCCUGAAUCCGUCAAGGAAAAUGGAUUUAAUGCAGUCCCAUCAUCAACGGCGAAUCACUCGUCCGAGGAAAACGGGAGUCAAUCAGUUGAAUCAGACUUCAGAUAAGCAAGGCUAAAAUUGAAUGGGGUGUGUGUUGUCAACUCAAUGUGUGUGGAGACAUGCUUGGAAUGUAUACCUACGCGUUAGACAGCGAGUCCCGUGUCAAUGAUAUUUGCGGCUGUAUCCCGCUGAGUUAAAGCUUAAUGUUGACUACAGUGGCAACCCAAUAUUUCCUAUUACAGGAUCAAUUUUUUUGGGAAAGAACGCUGGUAGUUGCUGGUAUUUGGAUUUUUCUUCAUAGCAGAGUACAGGAAUUGGGAAGAGAUGAUCUGUGAGCUGCUACAAGUGGGUACCUGAGUCCCCUUGUUCUUUUUUCGUGGAUCAUGUAAUAGAGGUUAGCGGUGGCUUGUAUAUUGUAAGGAGAGCUUUUCUUUCUUUUGAAGAUUUUUAAAGGGGUGGAGUAGAUCACCAUGGGAGGUGAUGGGUGAUGGGUGAUGGCGGAGUUAGUGAUUUAGUUUGUGCGAGUGCGAUUCUGUGAUCUCACUAACAGUGAAUAUCAUGAAAUAGAGCAAAAAUUACUGACAUAACGUGUUUGAUUUAA